AUGACCACAGGCAUGAGCACGGCAGGCGUUCAUCGAGGCUUCCUCAGGAAAUAUGGAGGUUUCAUGUUUAAGCAGUGGAAGGAGAGGUACCUUGUGCUGACCAUGGAGGGAAGCCUGUUGGUGUGCCGCGAUGCAGAGUCCCCUCCUGACCAGGUGGUAGCUCUACAAACCAGCUGCGAGUCCAUUGUAGAGGGACGAGAAAUCCUCGACCUGCCCAAGUUGCCUCCAGGGGGCAGGAGGGACUGCUGCUUCGCCCUCAUCAUGCCACAAAACAAGUUCCUGCUGCUUCUCACUGAUAACCCUGAUGACUGCAAUCUGUGGCUGAAUUUGAUCAGGAAGGUGAGAGAGGGUGUCAUGUCACCCCUGGCACUUCAGAGGAAGCGCAGUAUCACUCCCUGCAUCACCGACAGAGAUCCCCUGCCUGACUCCUCCAGCGAUAAAGACCCUGGGUCACCCAGGGUUGGUGAGGGCACUCCUCCUUUGUCUCGAGUCACUGAACGGGGAGGAUCCUUCAGGGACAGAGGCCAGAACCAAGCCAGUGGACCACGACGACCUCUGCGUAGUGUUUCUGUGGCCCCUCCUCAUCGUGUAUCAGAUUGUCUUCGCCAUGGCAACAGCAGCGAUGCCCGGGCAGUCAGGGCAGUGUGCCUGCUGAUGGGAGGGGCAGCAGCCUCCUCUGCUCUGGGCUACCUCAACUCCUGCUCCCCUUCCUCUCCCCUCGCUGGCAGAGGCCCUGAGAUGGCCCAUGGGACAGGGGGCUUCUCCGAGCUUCCCACAGGAGGCUCCUUCCACGCCUGCAGCCAGGACGUCGACUCCCCACACUUCAACAGCUUCGACUUUGAAGGAGACUCUGACUUUGAUGCGUUUGACUGCGGAGGAUUUGCUUUUUAG